AUGAAGUUCUCCGCUGUCACCCUUCUCACCCUCGCCACCGGCAUCAUGGCCGCUCCCGUCCCCGAGGCCAGCUACGAGGUCGCUCCCAGCAACCAGUACGAGGCUCCCAAGCCUCACCAGCCCACCAAGCCCAAGGCCGAGAAGCCCAAGAAGCCUGCUUACCACGCUCCUCAGCCUCCCAAGCCUCACCACGAGAAGCCCAAGAAGCCCCACCACGACAAGCCCAAGCACUACGCUCCUCCCCACACCGAGAAGCCCAAGGUUCCCAAGAAGCCUGAGUACAAGAAGCCUCACGUUGAGAAGCCUAAGAAGCCUCACCACGAGACUCCCAAGAAGCCUUCUUACGAGAAGCCCAAGGCACCCAAGCCUCACCACGAGAAGCCCAAGAAGCCUCACCAUGAGACUCCUAAGAAGCCUGCCUACGAGGCUCCCAAGCCCAAGAAGCCUGAGCACGAGAAGCCCAAGAAGCCUUCCUACGAGGCUCCCAAGCCCAAGAAGCCCACUCACGAGACUCCCAAGAAGCCUUCUUACGAGGCCCCUAAGCCCAAGAAGCCCACUCACGAGACUCCCAAGAAGCCUGAGUACAACCAGCCCAAGAAGCCCCACCACGAGACUCCCAAGAAGCCUCACCACGAGACCCCCAAGAAGCCCUCCUACGAGGCUCCCAAGCCCAAGACUGAGCAGCCCAAGAAGCCCGCCUACGAGGCCCCUAAGCCCGCCCCCAAGAAGGAGUCUUACACUGCUCCCAGCUACUAA